AUGGCGCCCAAAGCUUCGCCGAUCAAGGCAACCCGGACGAUCAGCACGCCGACCAAGGCAACCCAGAAGCCCAGCUCGCAGAACAGCGGCAUCAAGAAACAGCAGCAAGGGCAGACGGCGAAGAAGAAAGCAGCAAAAGCGCUGAGACCACGUGAGCUAACAACAUCAAUUGUAUCACUUCCUUUCCAUGUUGCUUGCCGGCUGACAUUUGAGGCGUCCACUACAGUCCCCGACGAGCCUCUGGAACGCUUUAACACCCUCCAUCAACGCCUUGGUCUCAGACCCGAUGUCGAAAUCGUUGAAGAUAAAAAGUAUCGUGUCACGGUCAACGUCGGCGGACGUCGGGUAGCUGGCAAGCUGCUGAAAGACAAGAGGAAGGCGAAGGUCAGCGCCAUGGAGGGGAUCAAUCCAUACCUGGAGGAGUUGUUGCUGGGCCAGGCCAAUGCCGCCGAGGAGGAGGGAGAGGUGGAGGAGAAAGCCAUGGUGGAUGACAAAGAGACAGAUGAGCCAAACGAGCAGCUGCUCGAGGAGCCCGUUGUGGACACUGUGAUGGAUACGGCGAUGGAUGUUGUAGUGAAUGAUCUUGACGAUUUGAUUGACUGGGAUGAUGAUGAGCUACUUUGA